UGCCCUCGGUAGGAGAGGAGUCUCCGAAGUCGGCCAAAAGCACCACAAAGCCCGGCGGCGGCAGCGGGAAGGAUGGCGGGGCUGAGAAUUCGGAAGAGUUCCCAGCUCUAGGAAGAAGAAGGAAGCCUGAGUCUUGCAAUGUAAAGGUGAUGGAGAGCCACCAAAGCAGAGCACUGUGAUGUCCCCAUCCAAACCAGUGGCCUGUGGCUGUGUUUCCUGGUAACGAGUGCUGCAGCCAGAGAGGGAGAGUUAGUUACAAGUUUCCUUCCAUUACCUGCAAUGGCACAUAAUGUCUGGUUGUUCCUGGCUACAGGAGAAACUUAGAAGUGACGUGUCUAACCUUCCCUCCCACAAAACAUACCCAGCCAUUUCCUCAUACCCCAAACAAAAUCCAGCCCUUCUUUAAGAUGGAAGGCUGGGUCUCCUUUGAUCACAGGAACAGAGAGCAGAGAGGAGACACCUCCAAUGUGCUGCUGCCACAGGUCUCAUCUCCAUUUCCCUGUUGAGUUUGCAGUGAAGUUUGUUCUCUCUUGGUGCUUUCUUGUCUCUGGACUGCUCUGCUGCAGAAUGGAAGAGAGCUCUUUGCUUGAUAAGAAGAAAUGUAUACCAGUUUGAAUGCAAUUUUCCUGCUCUUCAGGAAGCACAGAAAGGCCCAGCAGCCACAGCAGCAGCCUCAGCAGCAGCAGCAACAAACAACUUCAAAUAAGCGUCCCAGUAACAGUGCUCCCCCACCAACCCAGCUAAAUAAGAUCAAGUACUCAGGGGGACCCCAGAUUGUGAAGAAGGAGCGUCGACACAGCUCUUCUCGCUUCAAUCUGAGCAAAAACCGGGAACUGCAAAAGCUCCCAGCCCUUAAAGAUGCUCCUCCACAUGAACGAGAAGAGCUUUUCAUCCAGAAGCUGCGGCAGUGCUGUGUGCUUUUUGACUUCAUCUCUGACCCCCUCAGUGACCUGAAAUUCAAGGAGGUGAAACGAGCAGGUCUCAAUGAAAUGGUAGAAUACAUCACACACAAUCAUGAUGUCGUCACUGAGGCCAUCUAUCCUGAAGCUGUUAUUAUGUUUUCAGUGAAUCUCUUCCGAACGCUUCCGCCAUCGUCCAAUCCCACAGGAGCGGAGUUUGACCCUGAGGAAGAUGAGCCUACGUUAGAGGCUGCCUGGCCACACCUUCAGCUGGUGUACGAGUUCUUCCUCCGGUUCUUGGAGUCACCUGAUUUUCAACCAAAUAUAGCAAAGAAAUACAUUGACCAGAAGUUUGUACUGUCUCUGCUGGAUCUCUUUGACAGUGAAGACCCCAGAGAACGAGACUUCCUAAAGACUAUUCUGCACAGGAUCUAUGGGAAGUUCCUGGGUCUGCGAGCGUACGUGAGACGGCAGAUCAACAAUAUAUUUUACAGGUUUAUCUAUGAAACAGAGCAUCACAAUGGGAUUGCAGAGCUGCUGGAGAUCCUAGGAAGCAUAAUCAAUGGGUUUGCUUUGCCUCUGAAGGAAGAGCACAAAAUGUUCCUCAUCAGGGUCUUGUUACCACUACACAAAGUGAAAUCUCUCAGCGUCUACCACCCACAGUUGGCAUACUGUGUUGUACAGUUCUUGGAGAAAGACAGCAGCUUGACGGAGCCGGUGAUUGUGGGCUUGCUGAAGUUCUGGCCGAAAACACACAGUCCCAAGGAGGUGAUGUUUUUAAAUGAGCUGGAAGAGAUCCUGGAUGUGAUUGAGCCAUCUGAAUUUGUGAAAGUUAUGGAGCCCUUGUUCAGGCAGUUGGCCAAGUGCGUCUCCAGCCCACACUUCCAGGUGGCAGAGCGAGCACUGUACUAUUGGAACAACGAAUAUAUCAUGAGCCUGAUCAGCGAUAACGCAGCCAAAAUUCUCCCGAUCAUGUUUCCAGCGCUCUACAAGAACUCCAAGAGUCACUGGAACAAGACGAUCCAUGGGCUAAUCUACAAUGCACUCAAGCUGUUCAUGGAGAUGAACCAAAAGCUUUUUGAUGACUGCACACAGCAAUACAAGGCAGAGAAGCAGAAGGGAAGGUUCAGGAUGAAGGAACGAGAAGAAAUGUGGCAGAAAAUAGAGGAGCUGGCCCGGCUGAACCCUCAGUAUCCCAUGUAUUAUGCACCUCCAUCAUUGCCUCUGGUCUGCUGUAUGGAAACGGAGACCCCCACUGCAGAGGAUAUUCAGCUACUGAAGAAAACAGUGGAGACGGAGGCUGUGCAGAUGCUGAAAGACAUUAAGAAGGAGAAGGUUUUGCUGCGCCGGAAAUCUGAGCUUCCUCAGGACGUCUACACUAUAAAAGCCCUGGAGGCUCACAAGAGAGCAGAAGAGUUUCUCACCUCAAACCAGGAGGCUCUCUGACGGGCUCAGAAGCUGGCCCAGGAAGCUCUGUCCCAUCCCUUUCCCCCAGGGGUCACAGAAAUGCACUUGGUUCUCAUGUAUAAUAAGGAAUGAACAUGGUGAGCUGUGCCUGUCCUCCACUCCAUCCACAUCCCUGCAGGAUAGAUUUGUUUUUAUGUUGUACCUUGUAUCUCACCACUGCCAUAUUCUGCUUCUCCUUCUGCACACGCAGCGUGCGUGUGUGAAGGGAACCUGUCUCCCCUGCAGGUCCAGGCGGGGGUUGCUUCGUUUCCAGCCGCUGCCUGGUUUUCGCUCUGCCUGGGAGCCUUGCAGGGCAGGCAGGUGCUUCCUGUAGCUCUGCUAGAAGGUGGGCUGAAGGGAGCUGCUCUGGGCUCUCUGUAAGCAGUAGAGAGAACCGAGCACCUCCGCAGCUCACCUGUGAGGGGCGGCUGAGCUGGGCAGCGGCACAGUGCAGUUGACUUCUCAGGCUUCAGCAACAGCUUGGGCUGCCCGGUUCAGCCCAGUCUGAGCCAGGUGUGUUGGCUGGGGACCGCCCCGCGUGGCUCAGCGUGCCGCAGCCAUCCCCAGCUGCUGCCUCCGCUGUGCCUGCCCCGGUGCUGCUUGCGCUGACCAGAGGCUGAGCGCGUGGUGGGAAUGGCUGGCAGAGUAUGGGGGGGCUCUGCCAGCUCCCCGCCCCACCUCGGGGUGCAGCUCCGUGGUGGGAGGGCUCGCGUACAGCAGGAGACGUUUGCUUCCACCUUUCUUUUGCCUCAAGCCACCCGUUCUGUUCCCCUGUUGGUGGAGUGGGGGUUCAGUGCUUCACCACCCCCAGUGUAGCUGGGUGCAAGCGCUACAUCCUAUUGCUUCCCUCCUUUUAGAGCAUCCUUAGGAGCUCUCCUGUGGGAAAGUAAAUUCCUUCGGCUCUUUGUGUUGGUCCUCGCUAAGUCGUCUCCAUUCCAAUGUCUUGGGUAAUUGUGGGCCCAGAGUUAACUUCUGCUUUGUAGCAGGUGUCAGCCACUGACUUCUGCUUUCUUCCUCCUCCUCCUGCUCAAUUAAAAUACUCCCGCAGCUUUCCCUCUGUUGUUCCCAUCCUUAGCUCUGCAGUGGCUGGGGUUUCUAGGAAGCUUGUGCUGCUAAAGUCAUUUCUGCAAAUUAGCGGAAGCAAUGGAUACACGUUACGGGGCCAGGCCGAGUUUGUGCGUGUUCAGUUGUCUCCUCUUUAUGACCGGUGGCGAGAUGCCGCCAUCGAAUUGCUUCUGUAGGUGCCCCGAGCAGUUUGCCUCACCUCUUCCUUCAGCACCUGCCGUGGCCUGAGGCCCUUGUUAGCCGCGUGGUGCAUCAGGGAAGUGCUGUGCUGUGCUCAUUUAGCAUUUAGAGCGCACUCGAUAGCCCAGGGGCUUGUGCAGCGCUUGGGUGCUACUGCGAUGCAGCUCUCGGAGCUCUGUCUCCUGCCUUCUUGUGGUGCAGAUUCAGUCCCAGGCCAAGGUGAUAAGUAAGGGAGUGGUCUUUGCUUCUUACCGCUGCGCUUGCUUGCUUGACACAUAAGCUUGAGUGGGAUAGCAGUAGUGCAGGGAGCUUACGGAGCCGGUGCUGGUCGGACCCUGCUUUGCAGCAUCCAUAGGUCAUUGCAGAAGGUCCUGGUGUAUCUGCUCUUUGUCCCCACCAGCAGACCCCUUCCAGGUUGGAGCUGGCGUGCGGCGCAUCUCUUUUCCUCCCACCCAAACCGAGCUGUUCUCUCCCUGUGUAUCCAGUGCCCCCUGCUCUGUUCAGCUCCCUUUAGGCAUGCCACCAUCUCUUGGGAGCAGCUGCCAAGCUGAAGUAGGGGAGGGAUCACCCAAACCAUGCAGGACCCCGCCUCCCCUGGCUCCGCGCGCCGGGCCAGUUCAUCAGGAGACUUACCAAACACCUCAGGGAGGUUAUUGCUUAUUUUGAACAUUACUCUGAGCUCACGGUCAGCUGCCAGUCAAUUACCUCACGUGAGCCUGGCACAGCACGUAGACACGCGCCGGGCUGGAGGCGGACGGGAGCCACGGGUGCCGGGGUUGCGGCAUAGCUGAGGGUUGCUACCUGCAGCAGGGCUGGGGCUGAGGGCACGCUCCUUCCUCGUACUGGGGCCGGAGGAGCACGGCCGAGAGCGGGCUGCGCGCAGGGGCAGGGCUGUGGUGCACGGUGGCUACGUGCUGCGCGGCUUCCACGUUCUCAUAGCUUUGUGUGUCUUGUUCUGGGUCAGGGACCUCACGCUCGGUACCUUCGCAUCGCCUUUAGUUUCCCGCCUCCUCAUUCCAGUCCUGGACUUUGAAGAAGGGGACCACGUGAGAUGGGGGGAGCACGCCCGUGCUCUCUGCCCCGCGCGCUGCUCACGCGCAGGCCUGCGUCUGCCACACUACAGCUGCCCCUCGCUCCACACCCGGUCGGUAGCGUUAAUGCUCAUCUCUGCCUUUGCCUUUCCCCACAUCAGCCAAAUGGACAGAACUGGAGCUGCCUCUUCCACAUCGUGUGGUCCCUCCUCGGAGGGAAGGAGCAAAACUAACUACUGCGUUCACCCCCUGGACACAAGUAUUAAGCUGCUUACAGUUCAUAUGUACAUAUGGUGUACUUUAUUUUCAGUAGAGCAUUACAUAGUAUGAAAGUGUUGGAUUUUGUACAGAUGUCCCUGUAUGUACAGUACUAAAUAAAACUGAUCUCUUGGAAAGACA